AUUUUAUUUUAUUUUAAAAUUGGUAGUAUUAUACUUACUACUUCGUACACGUGUACAACGCCACUGAAAUAUGACACCAAAAUCCUGCUAAAACUUCCCACUCCUUCGUCCUUCCACGUUCAAUUUCAUUUUUCCAGAAUUCUUCACUUCUUCUUCACAUUCUCUCUUCUAGGGUUUCAGCUCCAAAUUUUCUGCGAUUUUUCAACUUCAUCAAAUUUGGCGCAGGGACGGGCCUGCUUGAAGUAGACAGUGGAGCUUAUAUAUAUUUUGACUUGUGCAGUCAUUUUGGAUUACUUGAUGGAAUCUUCGGAUGAAGAGGGUGAGAUUUUCCCAGAGAGUGUGACUGAUUAUCAAUUCAUAAACCAGGAAAAUGAACUUGUUUCAUUUACAUUUUUGCCCCUUCUUUGGCCCAAGGAAAAGCCUGUUGAUACUGUGAAUCUCCAGAUGUUCUUAACUGGUGUUUCUGAUGAUGGCCUCAGAAAGGUUUUUAAACAAGUUGUAGCGUGGAGAUACGAGCUUUCCUAUGUACAGCCUGAGAUUUCGGUUUUUUGCAAGGGUGACUUUUGGGUAAAACUUCUGAAGCCAAAAAAGCUGUUUGAGCCUACAAUUAGGUCACUACUAAUCACGGUCCAUUGCCUUCAUUUUGUUAAACAUAAUGUAGAGGCUACUGAAAACUCUAUAUGGUGCCACUUGUCAAAAGUGUUCAGCACGUAUGAGGUUGCCCCUUCAGAAGACGACUGUAUGAAUCAUAUUUCACUAAUAAGAUUUGCCUCCGAACGUGAUAAGACCUUAUUGGAUAAUGAGAAAAGGCUUAAUGUGUAUCUUGCACCUUUUAUACAUGGCAUGUCCUAUUCAUCCUAUGGACGACACUUCACGAAACCGGAUAAGCUUCAAGAGAUUGUUGAAAGGCUACAUUGGUAUGUCCAAGACGGUGAUAUGAUAGUGGACUUCUGCUGUGGUGCUAAUGAAUUCAGCUGUUUGAUGAAAAAGAAGCUGGUUGAUGUUGGGAAGAAGUGCUAUUUCAAAAAUUUCGAUCUCUUUCCAUCAAAGAAUGAUUUCAAUUUUGAACGAAGGGAUUGGUUUAGUGUUCAAUCUGGAGAACUGGCAGAAGGCUCUCGACUGAUAAUGGGGCUGAAUCCUCCUUUCGGAGUUAAGGCAUCACUGGCUAACCAGUUCAUCAAUAAGGCUCUUCAAUUUAACCCAAAGCUUCUCAUUUUUAUUGUCCCACCAGAAACUCGGAGGCUUGAUUCUGGGAAAGGCCCGACCCGCACAAGGUAUGAUUUGAUAUGGGAGGAUUCAUAUCUACUCUCUGGCGAGGCAUUCUACCUUCCUGGAUCUUGUGAUACUCGUGAAAAGCAACUAUCACAAUGGAACAAUGUUACUCCUCCCCUUUAUCUCUGGAGCCAUCCUGACUGGACUAGAAAGCACAGGGAAAUUGCCUACAGGUGCGGACACUCUCAGAUUUCUGGUCAAAUACCAUGCUCUCGCCCACCUACUUGGAACUAUAUACUCGAAGAGCAGCAAGAUUGUUACGGUGAUUUCUCCCAUCUGAUGAAUAUGUAUGGUGAUCUUCCCCGCAUGUUAGAUGAUGUUCCGGAACAUAAUCAUAACCCAAUGGUAACAAAUGUGGCAGGACAGCUGGAAGCCAAUGUGUGCGUUACUCCUGUUGACAAUCUGGAGGACAUGGAUAUCUCUCCCACCAAUUCUCCAAGUUACUUUAUCUCUUGACUCGCUGACUUGUAAAUUCCUUAGAUCCUUGUAAAAAAAAGUUGGCGAAAAUGUCAUAUUUAUCGAACUGCUAUAUAAGCUGUGAAGUCUGUCAACUCUGCUAACUAUGCACACUUAUACCCUAUUUUGCGAUCAAUAUUCAUUGUGUAUAGCCACGGCAAUUUUGUAAAGCUAAAGUUGUCUUUUCAAGUAUAUCAAGCAUCUUGGUUACUUGCUACGUAAAAACA